AAUAUUUGAAAAGUGACGUAACUCGUUCGGAACGUUAGAAUGUCAACUUGUUGUCUCGAUUGUUAGAUUGUCCUGUCCUCACGUUUGUGUCAUUUUUAAUUGCUGUCGAUUCUCUUCUCCUCACAUUACACUAGCAAACAAUCUACUUCCAGACUAAGUGUAAACUUGUCGAAGACUGAAUAUUUUAGUUCUUUACCUAUUUUCUAGGCUCAUGUUAGUACUUCGAGCUGUUGUUUUCCUAGUCUCGAUCCUUCCUUUUACGAGAUUUUAUAAUAGUUAAAUAUUUGACAAAUGGAACCACAUGGUCUUUAGACCAUUUUCCAUGCACUCUUUAGAGUGGAAAUAAUGGGGAAAGGUGCCCUAAUGUCUGUUUUGUCGCCUGUCAGUGAGAAGUAAUGUGGAUCUUACCAUUUACGUUGCUUUGUGUUUUAAAUGUUGCUGAACUGUACUUUUCGCCUAAAUACUCCGGAUUAUCUACCUUCGCUCAAAUUUUCAACAUACAUUUUGCCUGUCCUCAAAUGUCUCCCAUAUUCGCCUUUAUUUCUAUAAAAAGCCACACGACAACUGCAGUUGAUGUUAAAAAUAUCAGAUUUUUGAGGAAAUUAACUGAACUUGUUACAUAUACCAUCAUCACACAGAAGUCUUUCAUUGCUGCAGCUACUGUGUUCAAUCAAAGUUGGCGGAAUUUCAUUACAAUUAACUUCAGUGUUGACUGCUAUUGACGCAACGUAGAUCACUGGUAUAGUCAUUUGCCGUUCGGUGUCAAUUUAGGUGAACAGUAGACUAUUCGUCAUAUAUUUGGGCCAAAGGUAGACAACAGCCACAUUUUAAACGUUAAGCGUAAAAUAGAUGGCCGCCGUUUAACGAAACAUGGUAAUGCCAUGGUCUUUCAAUAUACGGUAAAGUGAUAUACGGUCACCACCGAAACUUCAAUAAAACGUGGACGAUUAGGAUGUAUGUUUCCUAUUGUCAUUGUUCUGAUGUACUUCUACUUCCUACAAGAUGGAGGCAUUAAAGUCACUUACGAACUUCACUGACAAGUUUUACGAACAAAUAUUAAAUGAAGCUCAUGGUCAAUGGGAAAAUGUUUUUCUCUCGCCGUUCAAUAUCUAUACUGCCCUCGGAAUGGUUCUUUCAGGCAGUGGAAACAAUACGAAAGCCGAGAUGAUAAAGGCAAUGCAAUUGUCUGACUGUUUAGAACAUGAUCAAGUUCAUCAUGAGAUUGCUCAACUUUUAAAUGAUUGUUCGAAACCUAGUGAAGGUGUUAAUAUAAUCCUUGCUAAUAGAUUGUUCGUUGCACAAAAUGUGAGAAUCAAGGAACAGUUCAAAACUAAUCUGAAGACAUACUACGAUGCUCCAACAGAACAUGUGGCAUUUGAGACUGACAUAGAAGGUUCUCGAAACCGGAUAAACCAGUGGGUUAGUGAACAAACUAAAGGACAAAUUCAAGAACUGCUUUCACCCGGUUCUUUAACAAAGGCCACGUCUGCUGUAGUGACGGCUACCACAUACUUCAAAGGUUUGUGGAAUAUGUGUUUUCCUGAGGAUAACUCACAUACUAGCGAGUUUUAUGAAUUGAGUGGAUCAAAAAUGAGUGUGAAGUUGAUGUAUAACGAAUCAUAUUUCGAUAUGGUCAGUUUACCCCACUUGAGGUCACGUGCUGCGAAGAUACCAUUUAAAGACCCUAAGUUUACGUUAUUGAUCAUUCUUCCAGAUGCAAGUGACGGAUUGCCCGAUUUACUGGAUUCAAUGUAUAAACAUGGUGGAGUUUCUUCAAUACUUUCCACGAGUUUUCAAAAUACAAAAAUGCGUUUGUAUUUGCCUAAAUUUAGAUUAAGAGAAGGUUAUACAAUAAAACUGAAAGAUCAUCUGCGAAAAUUGGGGAUAAACGAUGCAUUCUGUCCUUUAUCAGCUGACUUUUCAAAUGUUUCUGACUCAGAUAGGAUGUGUAUAUCAGAUGUGAUGCAUAAAGCUGUUUUUGAAGUGGAUGAAAAAGGUGCAGUGGCGGCUGCAGGUACAGCAAUAAUAACGAUAAAAUGCGCAGCUGUAAAACCUUACAAACCUGUACCCGAAUUUCGUGUUGACCAUCCAUUCUUUAUUUCAAUUGUUUGGAAUAAUUGUCUACCAAUAUUUCUUGGACAUAUUACAUCACCAUUGAAUGACUAAUAAUAAGAAAAGUUGAUCAUUUAUUAGCUUACAAGAAUGAUCAAAUUGCCUACUAUUGAUUUUGUUAUUCAUAUAUGACUAGUAAUAAUUUUAAUGAGAGAAUUCAUUUCACUUUUAUUUCUGUGAUCAGGUAUUUUUUUAAAAGUUUUUUUAAUGUUUUGAUGAUUUAAAAAAAAUUUUUUUAUAAUAUGACUUUUAUGUUCACAUGGUUACUGAUCAGUAACUAAUAAAACUUUGUUCUGUUCUUCA